AUGAAGACUAUCAGGCCAGUUGGUAUCCUCCGUCGCCCUUCCCGUUAUCUCUUCACCAAAAUAUGCCCGAUGCUCUUGCUUGCCCUUUUUUUCGUCUUGCAAACCAUCAUAUUGAAAUGGUAUCAAGCUCGUGCCGGCAUUAUCAACAACUACCGGACGGUAUAUUUGACAACAAAGGCAUGUGAUCCACACUGUAAUUCUGGGAUUUCGGAUAUUAUCAUUGGCACAAACACCAGAAAGAUUGCUGACUUAAUGGAUAGCGGUUACCUCCCUGCCUCACUCGGCACGAGUAAGAGCAGCUCGACAAUUCCUGUCAAUCUCGUGAAGGGAAAUGGGGAGGGGACGAUUCAGCCCGUGUCUAUGAUACUGCUACGUGCCAUAGGAAAUGCCCUUCCGCCACGUCAUAGCUCAGAACAAACGCUCUUGAAUGUGGACUUUAUUCUUCAGCACGAGGAAACCUUCCCAAAUACGUCUCGGCACUGGUUCCUCAACAGGCUUGUGGAUCCACACAUAGAGUGGCAAGUUGUGCAAAAACUUCAGCGAGCAAAUGAAUCCUUCACUAUCAUUCCCUUCGACUUGAAAGUCUAUGGCUCCCUUUCGUAUCGUUUCGAUCUGUUCGAAUUUGCCGACCAAAUUCAUUCGGCUCACACUGAUGCAUCUAGGGGAUCGGGGCGUCGAAAGAUGGCCGAGGAGCGCAUGUUUCACGAUAAACUGCUCUACACUGCCAACGUCAAUGGAGUGCGCAAUGAAAUGCUCAGAUAUGGCAAGCUGCGAAGUUCUGCAGACUACAUUCUUCCAUUCGACGGCAACUGCUUCCUCACUCGCAAAGCUUGGGAGGCUAUUCAACGGGAUAUACUCAGCAAUCCGAAGGUCAAAUACUUUGCCGUACCGAUGGAUCGCCUCGUUGAGGAAAAUACAGCACUCUUGUUGAGCUCAUACAAGCCAAAUCCAGUUGAAGAACCCCAACUUAUCUUCCAUCGACGAUCUGUCGCUAUUUUCAAUCCGAACUUGCCUUACGGGCGUCGCAACAAAGUCGAGCUAUUGCUUCGGUUAGGGAUUGUAGGCGCAUGGCACAAAUCCCACAAAAACAAGUGGGACCACAAGCUUGAACGGUCUCAUCCAAUUGUGGACAUAAAACCAGAUUCGAUCGCGACCGCAACUGGUACAGCUGGCUGGGUAUCUCGAUUAUAUUCCGGCAAUAAAAAUGCGGAACUUUCAGACCAUGGCACUGCUACCACUCGAGCCAGCCUACGUCGCACAGCGAUAUCAAAUUUACUCGACCGAUUGGACUUGCGUGCAGCUGUGAACUUGUACAAUUUCACUUCACAUACCAUGCUCUUCUAUAACAUGCAGCAGGUAAAUUCGUUACGGUUGCAAUGGCAGAGUGGCCAGCUGCAAGCUCCAAUGAUAAGAAGGCUUAUGGAGUUGGCUUCCAACUUUCUGAACGAGGGCCCUUGGUCUGUUCUUAACACAAUUCCGUUCGGCUGUGGCCCUUCUCAAAACUUUCAUGACGGCGACUAUACCCGGCCACUUAAUUGGCCUCAGAGCAACGAGUCCAGCUACAGCAAUUGGUCAAGAUUCUACCUUUCGAAAUAUGGAAAGAGCAUUCCUGGAAGUGCCGUGUACAGCGAAGGAAGUGAUCAGUUUGAUCGCACACAAUUCAACUCGAUGCAGCAGAGGACAACUGUUCUGGCACUUGCCUACGCAAUAUCAGGGAAACAAUCUUAUGUACAAGAAGCAGCCGAAAAUCUUCGUGUACGGUUUCUUGACCCGAAAACCAAAAUGAACCCAAACUUCACUUGUAGUCGAGGUAUGUGGGAAGGCAACCCACCCAAAUAUGUGAAAAAUACGUUUGGCACGUCCGAAAUGAACGGAAUGUAUUUCUUUCUUGACGCCGUGAGGAUUGUGGAGACUUCCGGAGCCUUAUCGACCACGGAGAUAGACAAACUGCAUAUUUGGUUUCGCGACUAUCUUCUAUGGCUGGUUGAGACCAACGGACCAGAUCAGGAUAUAAUGAUUGGGGAAAGCCAAAGCGAUGUGCCCGACAACUUUGCACCAAACCAUCGCGGUCUGUACUUCGAUAUACAGCUAGCAUCUGUUGCAGCAUAUUGUGGUAACUUGACCUUGGCAGUCCACACGUUGCACCGGACCUUGGCUCGACUAGAUGCGCACGUCAACUCUAUCGGUGCGAUGCGACAAGAGGCAUGUGGAGACCGUAACUGUGAAGACUUUAUUGCCUUUGCAAUUAAUGGAUGGUCAGUAGCUGCUCGUAUCGCUUCCUCAGUUGGGAUCAACUACUGGUGGCGCUUUCCGGUUGGAAAACAAUCCAAGCUCUGUCUUGCUAUGGAAUAUAACAGUUUUCUCCUGCGCAAUCGAGAUCCCUGUGCACAAAGUAAUACUGUGGGAGACAAUACUGCCACCCGAUGGUGGCCGCUCCUGUUUGAAGCCAAGCUACACUGUCCUCACUCGGAGAUACAACAUAGCAGCUCCUCUUCGCCGGAGAUUUUUGGCGGCUCAAGAUGUCAUCACCCGGCUUUAAGCGGCGAGGUAGCGCCCUUUUGGAAUUUGAAUUUGCCAACUGACAAGCAACACGGGUACUCAAAGAAACUGUAG